UCCUCUAAAUUGUAGUCUUUUGGCUUCAUUUAAGGAUUCGACUAAUGUUUCGAUUGCGAAUACUAUUUCAUCUUUCUUUAAUGAACUUUUAGCUGAUUGCAAUUGUGCUUUAUUAAAAGUAACAGGAAUGGAUCGAGUAGGUCCAGGACUAAUUAAGCCAAACUUUCCUUUAAUAUAG